CCUCUUAUUAUUCAUAGCAUUACGUCUUUGAUCAUCAUCCUUUUCUCAUUUUGACAAAGCCAAUGGAAAGAAAGAGGAGGUGGGGCUAACUGCAUAUAUAUAUAUAUAUACAUAGAUGGACAUGUAUACAUCCACAUAUCCACACAUCCACAAACUCAGAAAGGAUUACAACAGAAGAGAAAACUAACUAACUGGGAUUCGAGUUGAUUCCUUUUUCUUUUGGGUUUUUUUCUACCAAUUCUUUUAUUCUACCCACUUCAUUUCCAAAGAGAAGAAAAGCCAGGGGUGACAAAUAAGGAGAUAUAGCUAUAUAGAUAUAUUUUCUUGGUACUUUCUAAGAUCUGGAAGCAAGAAACAAAAAGCAACCGGGCAAUUCGUUUGCAUCCCGCAGAAAACUCAAGUCAGCUGCAAGGAAGGGAGGAAAAAAUUUUGGCAGCUCAGAAAAAAUAAAAUAAAAGGAGAAAUAUCAUAUCUGUCAAAGCCCAUUUUUUUUCCCUCCGAUUAUUUCUCUCGGCGACUUAAAAAAGAAAAAAGAAAAAAAAGCAGAGCGGAAUCUCUUUUCAUUUGAUCUGAUUUUUUUUUCUCUCCCUCCUCUCCCACUCAGUUAAGUUUUUAUCAACUUCAGAGUUGCAAGCUGCAAAAAGAGACGGAGGAAUUCGGUGUCCUUGUUCGUUUUUUUAAAAUUAGUUUUGCAUUUUGUCCCUGGGGGAAACGUUACAUGAUCGGCUGCCUUUUUUAGCUGCUGGGUGUAGGGGAUUUUUUUUUUAAAAAAAAAUUAUCCUUGGUUUUCUCCGAUAAGGGAGAGAAAUUUUGGGGAUUACCCCUCCUUUUCUUCUUAAAUUGACUGUACCCUCCCAAAAAAAAAAUUAUCAAUGUUUCUCCUGCUGAUCAUCGUCUGUUUUAACCUGGCUUGCUCGGCAACCCAAAGGGGUCCUUCAAGCAGAUACGAUGAAAUAAUAGUUUAUCCUGAAAAAUUGAAUGUCACGUCAGUUUUGGGGGGCCCAGACCCAUCCGGCAUGCUUGAGAAUGAAAAUUCCCUCGAUUACAACAUGGAUUUGGACCGACAUCUGUCGUUUCGGCUGCAGAUGUAUGGAGAAGAACUGGUCCUCAAUUUAGAGAAAGACCCUAGCUUUUUCUCCAAGGACUUGACCGUCCAAUAUUUGGGCAGAUUGAAGCUAGUGGUAGACACUCGAACCGAACGGGGCAACUACUACACCGGGACAAUCAAUUCAGAUCCGGAAUCGAUCGUGGCAAUCAACUUUGAUGGGACCUCUUUGAUUGGGGUGCUGCAAUAUCGGGGCACCGAAUACCACAUCCAGCCUCUGAAAGGGGGAACCCUGAACCAGGCAGGAGAAACCGAGGCCCACGUGGUGAGGAAGAAGAUGUUGGACAAAGGGGAUGAGCCAAUGUGUGGGGUCGGUGCGCAGGCGCCGGAAGGCGCGCCCAGCGAAGAAGGAAAGCUGUGGGAGAAGAUGGGCGCAUCUCCCAGGAGAACCAAGCGCUUUGCUUCCAUCCCACGCUACGUGGAAACCCUGGUCGUGGCCGACGAAGAAAUGAUGCGCUUUCACGGCGCAGGACUCAAGCCGUACCUGCUCACCAUCAUGGCGGCCGCCGCCAAGUUCUUCCGCCAUCCGAGCGUCCGGAACCCCGUCAAUUUGGUGGUGACCAGGCUGGUGGUGAUCGGAGAAGCCAAGGACGGGCUGAGGGUCACCUCGAACGCGGCCGAGACCCUCCGCAAUUUUUGCGCCUGGCAGAAAGGGCUGAACAAAGCCAGCGACAAAGACCCCGAGCAUUUCGACACGGCCAUUCUCUUCACCAGACAGGAUCUCUGCGGACGCUCCAGCUGUGGUACCCUGGGCAUGGCAGAUGUGGGCACCGUCUGUGAUCCGGCCCGCAGUUGUUCCAUAGUCGAGGAUGAUGGGCUCCAGUCAGCGUUCACCGCGGCCCAUGAAUUGGGUCACGUCUUCAAUAUGUUGCACGACGACGACAAACAUUGCAAGGAACUGAACCGUCAUAGCAACACCCGCCACAUGAUGGCCUCCGUCAUGUCUCCGGUCAAUCCUGACGAGAUGUGGUCCCCGUGUAGCGGCCGUUUUAUUACCGAUUUCUUGGAUAAUGGCCACGGGUCCUGCCUCUUAGACAAACCCCACGAACCCCUGAAGCUGCCCGCCGUCUUCCCCGGCAACAAUUACAACGUGGACCAGCAAUGCCAGCUGAGCUUCGGCACCGAAUCCCGCCACUGCCCCAACAUGCACCCGCCCUGCUCCUCCCUCUGGUGCACCGGCCAGAUCAACGGGCAGUUCAUGUGCCAGACCAAGUAUUUCCCCUGGGCCGACGGGACGCCCUGCGGGGAAGGGAAGAGCUGCAUGAGCGGGGAAUGCAUCAGCCACACGCAGCUGAAGGCCUACAAUAUUCCCACCAACGGAGGUUGGGGCCCCUGGGGGCCGUGGGGCGACUGUUCCCGCACUUGUGGCGGUGGGGUUCAGUACUCAACCCGCGAAUGCAACAAACCGGUUCCCCGGAACGGCGGCAAGUACUGCGAGGGGAAGCGGACUCAAUUCCGUUCUUGCAACGUGCAGGAAUGCCCGGAUGGAAACGCUCUGACUUUCCGCGAGCAGCAGUGCGCCGCGUACAACCACCGAACGGACAUGUUCAAAGAUUAUCCAUCGCCCAUGGAUUGGGUGCCACGUUACAGCGGCGUGGCCAAGCGUGAUCAAUGCAAGCUGACAUGCCAGUCCCAUGCCUUGGGUUACUAUUACGUGCUGGAGCCAAGGGUGGCCGAUGGGACGCCCUGCUCGCCGGACUCUACCUCGGUCUGUGUCCAGGGACGCUGUGUCCACGCCGGCUGCGACCGCGUCAUCGGGUCCAAGAAGAAGUUUGACAAAUGCAUGGUGUGCGGCGGAGACAACUCGCGAUGCACCAAAGUCUAUCGGUCUUUCACCAAGCCUCAGUACGGCUACAACGACGUGGUUACCAUCCCUGCCGGAGCCACUAGCAUUCUAAUCCGUCAGAUCAGCAGCUCGGCCUCAUCCAGUGACGGCAUCUACCUGGCCCUCCGCCGGCAGGACGGUUCCUACGCCCUGAAUGGCAAUUACAUCUUGAUCCCCUCCGAACAGGACAUCCACCUUCGGGGCGGCGUCACUUUGCGCUACACAGGGGCCACCAAACCCAUGGAAAUGAUCACCGGCCCGGGACCGUUGAAAGAGCCGCUCACCGUGCAAGCGUUGGUGGUGUCCGAUCAGAAGACCCCUCGUCUUAAAUACACCUUCUUCCUCCCCAAGCCUGCGAAACGCCUCUCCAACCAGUGGCUGAAGCAGAAAGCCCGAAUUUUGGAGGUGCUACAGAAUCGGCGAGGACGCAAAUAGGGCCUCUUGGCCCUAGGAUGUGGGGCAGGGGUCUCAAACUCUUCCCGUCCCCCUCUUCCCACUUUGGAGGAGGCUGGGAGCUCACGUGGAGAGGUUCUCCCCUUGCCUGUCUUUGCAAAGAGACCCCCGUUGCUUGGGACCCAGGGCCGAAAGACUCAAAUUGUUCGGCAAAGGCUGGUAUCGGGGAGGGGUCUUUUCUGUUUCUCGGCUUGCCACAGACAAUGGGCUUGGACGUUAAGCGAAGCAGGAGUCAGAUCUGGGACCAGGGAGAGGGGAGGAAAGGCAAGAAAGCAGCCAGGAACGGCCACGACGGGGCUAAAUUUAGCACUGGUUUGUUAGAUUCAAUUAAUUCUCUCCGGGGAGAUUUGGGAGGAGAAUGUAGAAAGAACGGAGGAAAAAGACGGACGAGAUAGUCAAAAAGAAGGAAAACAAAAGGCCUCUUUGGGACUCGGUGGGAACAGAAAUAUGGAGAAGCCGAAGAAAACGGAGACCGAGUUUGCAAAGUCGGAUCCGAGCUUUGUUGUGGCUCAAUUCUGUAACCGCGGCUGGACUUUUGGAGGGUUCGCAUCCGGCCGUACCUGUAGUAUAUUUAUUAUUUCAUCUAUUUAUUUUGUCCUUUUUGGGGGAAAGCCAAGAGGAGUCGGGGAAAGGGGAAGAUAGGGGAUCGGCCACGCCCCCUUUUGAGACUCAAGCAGGCGGCCUCGCGGUUCCUCCGCUCGGUAGUCCUCGACUUACGACCGCGCAACCUGCGCGGGUAAGCAACGUCCAAGGAAUUUUACAUCUUGGUUUUUACGGUCUUUUCGGCCACGGCGGUUAAAGCAGAUCCCUGCAGUUCUUAAGUGAAUCUGGUCAUUAAGCGAUUCCGGCUUCCCGCAUGGAAUUUUGCUCGUGGGAGGGUCGAAAAAUGGCGAUCGUGUCACACACUCUCGGGAUGCCACAACCAUCGUAAAUACACACCGGUUGCCAAAAGCGCCCAAAUUUCGACCGUGGGGAUGCUGCCCUCAGGGGAAGCACCAGGACUGGUCGGUUAGAAGUCACUUCUUCUUCAGUGAUGUUAGGACUUGGACCCCGUCGUUAAACGAACGGUCGUAAGUCGAGGACUGCCUGUAUUGUACGCCCACCGGUUUCUUGGGACGGCCAGGAAAGACGUGUCCCAUCUACUGUGUCUACCUCAUUCUUGGAGAGCUUCCUCCUCAGUUAAUGUCUUCUCCUGCUUCUACGAAUGUUCUUCUGCCCUUGGUUGGCGGGAACCCAUCUCUUCAACGUCCAACCUUCAUCUAACUUCACCAGAGAAAUUGCAGACCUGGGGUAGGACAACCUACCUCAUCCCAUUCCAUCCCUUCUGAGGAGCGAGGGUUUCAAUCACGCUGCUAAGGUCCUUCCAACCCUACCCUCUUUCUAGCUCUGGUUUCUCAACCUUGAUCCCUUGGACUUCAAGUCAUCUCACUUCAAGACUUCGCCUCCCAGAAUUCCCCGGCCAACCCAGAGUCCUCUUCUGGGUCUCAUAACCAGCUGGGCCUGGUUGACUUGGGAGUCAACCCUGGAGAUCCAACUUGGUGGAACUCGAUCCUGGGUCUACCUUGUUGACGUCCUCCAGGGAAAGUUUGGGGAGUUGGAAGUCCAUCCUUUUUCCAAGACGGUCAAGGUUGAGGAACGUGGCUCCAGAAGAGAGUCUUUUCACACCAUUGACCCAAAGGGUUGGGCCCUUGAAGGACCUCCAAAUUGUGGGGGGGUGAGAGGAACCAAAGCGAUGGAACAUCUGGAGAUGAUGACCUCGGAGUAAUCAGCUUUGCAGGCCAAUGUCCUCCUUUGCUCACAUUAGAAGAGAAGAAAGGUGGAAGUAGAGGGGGAAUUCUGGGAGUUGAAGUCCACACGUCAACCUUGGCAGCUAACCCUGCCCCUAGGUUGUCUACCUAUUUCUCACCUCCUUCUCCAGGCGGUUGUCCUACCUAAACAUCAGCCUGAACUUCUUCCUAUGCUCCUCAUAGCACCUUUCCAAGUUCUUCUCUUUUGCGAACCGCUCUUCAGCCUGGCUUGAUCUUCUCAUGGGGGGGGGUCCCCCCAUCCUGGAGAAUCUCCCCCAAAUUUCCCCCUGGAGGGGUGGAUCUAUUUAAACCCUCUGUAGAACCAGAGGGGAUCUCUUUUGAUGCAACCCCACCCCACUCCAAGUUUCUCCUGUGGCCAAAGGGAUCGCUGACCGAAGUUAAUUUAAUUAAGUUAUAAUUUAACGGGCAGCAGCUGUAGCCCAGGUUUGUCCUGAACCCCGAGGCGAGUCCCCCGGGCCAGGAAGCGAGGGCCUGGGUAUCUGUUGGGUUAAUAAGCAUUAUGUUAAUAUUAUUAAUUAUGGUUCAUUAAUGGUUUGUUUUUCCGAAAAGCAAUAAAAAAGCUGUUUUAUUUAUUUAAGGCUAUUUAUAAAGUCGCUCCUGGUGCUUGCAUGGUUCUUUAUGGGGAUGAAACCCAGGCUGAGGCAGCGGGAGGGGGUGGAAAAGUCAGUUGGUCUGCUGACUGGGGAAUUCUGGGAGUUGAAGUCCACUCAUCUUAAAGCAGGCUGGCGGAGGAAUCCUGGGAGGUGAAGUCCACACACCUUAACACACUGGGAAUUCUGGGAUUUGAAGUCCACCCAUCUUAACACACUGGGAAUUCUGGGACUUGAGGUCCACCCAUCUUAAAGCAGGCUGACUGGGGAAUUCUGGGAGUUGAACGCCACGUCUUAACACACUGGGAAUUCUGGGAUUUGAAGUCCACACACCUUAACACACUUGGAAUUCUGGGAUUUGAAGUCCACCCAUUUUAAAAGCUGACUGGGGAAUUCUGGGAGUUGAACGCCACACGCCUUAACAUACUGGGAAUUCUGGGAGUUGAAGUCCACUCAUCUUAAAGCAGGCUGGCGGAGGAAUCCUGGGAGUUGAACGCGACAGGCCUUAAUACACUGGGAAUUCUGGGAUUUGAAGUCCAUCCACCUUAACACACUGGGAAUUCUGGGACUUGAGGUCCACCCAUCUUAAAGCAGGCUGACUGGGGAAUUCUGGGAGUUGAACGCCACGUCUUAACACACUG